AUAGUUUGUUAUUUGCGCGCCAUUAUUUGGUUGAACCGUUUUUCGCAGUUUGGGCCAAAUCGUAAUUCAAUUUGGAUCCUUGGAUGCGAAUUCCUGUUUCUAAAUAUAAAUUAAGGCUGGAAUUCGUCACAACUGCAUAAACGUACAGGCAUUUCGAGCAAAACUUCUCGAUUUUGAGUUUGAGGAAUCGCCCGGACUCCGGAAUCGACUGUCACUUAUUGUUUCUGGAAAAUUCUGGAACCGGAGUGCCAAGUGAUAAAACAAGAAAGCGAUUCUCGUCAAUGCAGUGACGAAGCAGAACUCUGAUUAUAAAAAGUGGCGCAGAGAAUUAGACAUUUAUCACAGUUGUCAAAAAUUGACAGGUCUUUUAAAUUCGUCCGAAUUCAGUUUUGAAACUUUUUCGAAAAUGACCACGAACAAGGUGGAAUUGUACAUUUACGACCUGUCCAGGGGGAUGGCAGCCACCCUCUCCCCAAUGAUAAUAGGGAAGAAAAUCGACGGGAUCUGGCACACGGCGAUCGUGGUCUACGGCAGAGAAUACUUCUUCGGCUCGCACGGUAUUUCAAGUUGCAAUCCGGCCACGACCGCCCUGGGCGACCCCCUCCGAAUUCUGAAACUGGGAGACACUCAAGUCCCUUACUCAGUCUUCAUCGACUACAUCAACGGCUUGAGCGAGUCCACCUGGUGCGGCACCACGUACGACCUCUUUCGCCACAACUGCAACAACUUCUCCGAAGACAUCGCCCAGUUCUUGUGCGGGGCCAGCAUACCCAAAUACAUCUUGGACUUGCCCAACGAGGUGCUCAACUCCUCCUUGGGGCCGGCGUUGCCGCUGCUAAUCGGCCAGCUGGAGAAGAGCGCGAGACCCAUCGCAGAGGAGCAGCAGAGAUCCAGGGAACACAGCCCGGAUUUCGAGCAGCUCAAUUCACAGAUUGAAGAAGUCAGAUACCGGUCACUUCUUUUGGAAGAACGAAGAAAAACAAUCAAAGAAAAACUAGCAAAGAAAGAGAAGAAGAAGGAGAAGAAGCGAAAGAAGUUGUUGCGACAAGGGGGACCAGUUCCAGUAGAACUAGAAGACGCAGCUAUGGCCGAAGCCGAAGUAAAUGGCGCUGAAGCUAGGGUUCCCUCGGACCAAGUGUUGGAUUUAGAGGAAGAAGAACGGCGCGAAGAAGAAGAAAAGAAGAAGGCGAGAGAACCUCCCAUCGUUUAUAAAGAUCAGUUAGACGCCCAAACUGAGUUCGAUGCUCUUCUGGGACUAAUAGAUGGUAAGAUUUCUGAAGAAGAACAGCGAUUCAUGGAAGAAUUGCAGGUGUACAUGGUGGGUGAAGAAGGUAGCUGGGCGUUGAGUGACGGUUUCUUGAGUUUUAUAGGUCGUCUUCUUCACGACAAAGAUCUCUCGACUGAAGUACGAGUUCGAACUUUGAACAUCCUAGCCAUUGCCGCUUUGAAAGACGAUAUUAUUUUGGUGCUACAUCAAGAUCGGAAAGACCACGUGUUGAUGAAUUACGCUUUCGAAAUUGACAGGAUCAGCCCUGAGGAGCAAUCAGCUCUAGCCCUAUUUAUUGCCAAUAUGUUCGAAAAUUUGAGCUCGUCGGAAUGGUUGAUGUACAUUUCCGAAUGGUCCUACAACAACCAGCAAACCAGCAACAUCCGAGUAACUACUAAGGUGGCUGUGCACUCUCUACUGUCAGACUUGCCGCUUCUCCAAGAACGAGGAACCGCCAUCAUCCACAAUUUAGCCUGCAAGGAGAAAAUGUUUAAAUAUUUUCGGAUUCGGCAGCUUUUACCCAAAGGCAGCUUAUCCAAGGUGUUUGACGAUGUCGCGGUGGAACUGACGAUGGCCUUGCUGCAAUAUUUUAACUCCAAGCCCAACGAGGAACACUUGUACAGGUGUUUGAAGGCCAUAAGUAAAUUCGUCCUGGUUUCGUCCCAAGAAGUUCCUCAACUUAUUCAGAUGAUUGGACCCGAUCCGAGGAGCUUUAAGGGAGCAAGCGAGAGAGUCGACCAACUUAUUGACCAAAUUAGUAUAAAAUUGCGCUGAUUUGUUAGUUGUGUUUAUGUUUAAUUGCAGUUGUACAGUUUUUGUAAGUAUUGAUUGUUGAUGUACGUUUCCGAAGUACUAAAGGAUUGAUGAAACUAAUAAUGUAUAAACAUGUUUUUAUUUAUGUUGUUGUGAUGCCAAUAUGCCGACCAUCACGAUCGAAUGCUGGUACUUGCUAUUAACAAUUUUGCAACGAAAUUUUCACACCAAGUGUCAUUUACAUCAGGUCUUCCUCAUUAUUAGGUUUUUAUUAAUUUAUUUGUAUUUAUUUAUUAUUAAGUGUAACUUUAUUGUCCAUCCUUUUUGUAUUAAUAUGUUGAAGCACUACGACAAUGGGAAAUAAAAUAAUAACCUUGAAAAAGAA